AUGGUCGGAAAUGCUACCUCAUCCGACGAUAUCACUCGUCGCUUUGAGGCCAUGGAGCAGCGCAUCAGCAUCCUCCAAAAGGAAAACGAAGCGUUACACUCCCAGCCCCGCUCUAACCCGAGUUGGCUUCUCCCACCUCCAACUCAACCAUCUUCUGCAGGUACAUCGGUGGCCGCCGUCGCUACCACAGCUGCCCGGGUCGCCCCAUCUCAGGUCGGCAUGACGACAUCCACCAUGAUGUCGGCUCCCGCCUCCAAUCCGGUGUCUCGUCCGUUACUGCCCCCAAUGGUACCCAUGCUACCCAAGGGACGCCCCUUACAUACAACAAGUGGUGCCGCAGUUCACUCCCCACCAACCUCACAGCAUAUACCCGCAAAACACUUAUUACCAACACCUCCAAGCCGGCCUCCUCGAAACAUUCAGUCCCCUCGUCCCAGUGCUCAACAGCAUAUGUGA